AUGAGUGAUUCAGACGAUCAAGAGGAGAGAGAUAACUUGGCCGCGAGAGAGAUCGCGCUGGCCGAGCAGCACGAAGAUCCGCCGGAUCCGAACGCCGCGCACAAUCGCGCCAAUGAUGGAGCGCGACACAAUGAAGAAGUCAUGGGAGACUUCGAUUCCAAUCCAACACUACUAAUAGAUCGGAAUCCCAUCCAGCCGCCACUUCCUGAAGGAAGAAGCUAUGAGAUUUCGCCGGAGAUUAUUGGUUUGGUGAAACAAAACCAGUUCCAAGGGAAACCCCAAGAGAAUCCUUUGGAACAUAUUGAUGCUUUUGAAGAAAUUUGUGGCACCAUCAGUGCAGGAGGUGCACCCAAGGAGUACUUAAAGUGCAAACUAUUCUCUUUCACUUUGACAGGGAAGGCUUUGCGCUGGGUUAAGUCUCUUCCAGCUCAAUCCAUAACCACAUGGAAAGAGUACAAGGUGGCAUUCCUAGGUCACUUUUUCACAAAGCAGAGAGCAAACUUGUUGAGAGAAAAGAUCUCUAGUUUCCAACAAGGGCCGGUGGAGCCUUUUCAUGAAGCAUUGGAGCGCUUCAAGGACUAUACAAGAGAGUGUCCUAACCAUGGCUAUCUGAGGGCAGUCUAUGGAACAUUUUCUACAGAGGAAUAA